GAGUCCGGAGCGAUGACACGUCAGAAGGCAACAGUCACGUCUCUCUUUAUAGGUGUGAAGAGAGAGCGACGCAGUUCCUCAGCCUCGUUCUCCUAAAAGCAUCUCCUCGUUAUGCUGAGGAGCGGACAGUUUAAUAUUUACUGCCGACGACAGUAAGCAUGAGAAUUUCAAUGUUAGUUUCUCUCAUCAGGCCGACCGGGCCGAUUAUUGUGGGCAUCUCUCUGGGGUUCACGCUGAGCCUUCUGAGCGUCACCUGGGUGGAUGAGUCCUGCGACUCUGACUGGAUGGGAACCGCCGAAGAGAUGCUCAUAGGGCAGCCUGGGAGCUCGAAAGGGGCACGUAAACCUAGUUCGAUAUCCACUGGCACAACUGACAACAACGGCAAUGUCGAAGAGGAUUUUGAGCCCAGAAUAGUGCCUUAUAAUAAGCCUGCUCAGGAAGGUCCUCCCAAAAAAGUUUUCAGAUCCAAGUAUGCCAGCACAGAGCUUGGAAUUCGUGAACGUCUCUUUGUUUCAGUAUUUACCUCCAAAACCACCAUAAACACGUUAGCCGUGGCCAUCAACCGGACCCUCAACCACCACCUGGAUGGCCGACUCAUCUUCUUUACAGGCACUCGCAGUCGUAAACUCCCUAAUGGAAUGUUUGUGGUCGUCCACGGUGACGAGCGUCCAGUCCCAAACAUGUACCAGUCUGUCCGAUAUCUUCUAGAACAUCGCAUUGCUGAGUAUGAUUGGUUCUACCUUGUCCAGGAUGAUACCUAUACCCAGCCCGAAAGGCUUAAGACUUUAGUAAGCCACCUCAGCAUUGACCUUCAGCUUUACAUGGGCCACCCAGGAGAGUUCAUUGGAGGUGAAACCCAGGGACGGUACUGUCAUAGUGGACCAGGAUUUCUACUAUCCCGUGCACUACUUCUGAAGCUCCAGCCUUUCUUGGAGCAAUGCAGGACUGACAUCAUAAGCGUCAGACCUGAUGAGUGGCUCGGUCGCUGUAUCAUUGAUUAUGUAGGCAUGAACUGUGUGGAGGAAUAUGAGGGGCUGAAUUAUAAUUAUUUUACAAUGGAAAGCCAUAUGGACCUUCCCAGAGUGGGGAAUGAUGGAUUCCGGAAUGCUCUCACUGUUCAUCCAGUGACCAGUGCAGAACUUAUGUAUCGUCUGCACAAACAUUUCACAGAGAUAGAACUGCAGAGGACCUAUGAGGAGAUUGAAAAACUGCAGUCUGAGAUAAAGAAUGUCAGUGAAGUAGCAGCGGAUGGAAACAAGAGUGCUCUAUGGCCCAUUGGCAUCACACCUCCCUUUGAACCCAAAAGCCGCUUUGAGGUACUGCGUUGGGACUACUUUACCGAAGAUAACCUUUUCUCCUGUGUGGAUGGUGCCCCUAAAUGCCAGCUCAAUGGUGCUGAUCGCGAUGACGUGACUGAUGUCAUCAGGGUCGCUGUUGAAGAGCUCAAUAAAAAAUACAACCCUUUUGUACAGUUGAGCUCUCCACGGCUGGUGAACGGUUACAGGCGCUUGGACCAGACACGAGGGAUGGAGUACACCUUGGACCUGCAGGUUCAGGCCACGACUGAGUCUGGUCACCAGAAAUCUAUCGCACGCCGUGUACAUCUUGUGAGACCCCUCAGCCGGGUAGAGAUUAUCCCCAUGCCUUAUGUCACCGAGGCUACACGAGUUCACGUCCUCUUGCCCCUCACUACUUAUGAGUCCCAUGUAGCACUGCACUUCUUAGAUCACAUUUCACUCAAUUUGUUUGAGACUGGUGAGAAUGCAGUUCUUAAUUUCCUGUUCACUUAUGAACCCGCUGAGGCCCAAAAAGUGAGUACAAAUGAUGUCUUUUCAGAGGUCAAGGCUAAGAUCACCGCAGUUGAGCGCAGAUAUCCCAGCGUCAAGGUGUCUUGGAUCAGCAUAAAGACAGAAAAUCCUGGUGUCCUGCGGAUCCUGGACAUUGUUUCUAGGAAGCACCCGGUAGAAACACUCUUCCUCCUGGUCACAGCUGACACAGUACUCAACUCAGAGUUCUUGAAUCGCUGCCGCAUGAACACCAUCAGUGGCUGGCAGACUUUCUUUCCCAUCCAUUUCCAAGACUUUGACCCCAGUGUGGCUUAUCCAGACCAGGUUCCCCCUGCCUCACACGACCUGGUCCGGGAAGCUGGUCACUUUGACCGCUACACCUUCGAGGAGGCGUGUUUCUACAACUCUGACUACAUGUCCUCACGCACACGGAUGUCCGGGGAUUUGCAGGAGAGUGAAGAUCUGCUGGAGAGUCUGGAUCUCUAUGACAUGUUUGUUCAGUACUCGGGACUGCACGUGUUCCGUGCCGUCGAGCCUGCUUUGCGCCAGGCUUUCCGCAACCAAACCUGCGAUCCUCGGCUAAGUGAGGACGUGUUCCAUCGCUGUCUCCAGAGCUCUCUGGAGGGCCAGGGGUCACGUUCCCAGCUCGCCAUGCUAAUAUUUGAACAAGAGCAGGGAAACCGUACCUGAGGAGCUUCCAAAGAAGCAACAGUGGGGUAACUGUAGACUGGCUAACCGCUAGCAACACUCCUCCUUCUCCUAACAUCUGUCUCUAGUAAAAUCUGUUUGAUUAUCUUACUGAAUUCAAAGAGAAGUGUUCUGAAGGGAAUAUUUUAAGACAUUUAACAAGAA